CGGUAACAAGCUGCGGAAUUUGAAGAGUUCUACUGCCGUUAUUCUUGUCUACAAUGAGAGAACUUCACUUUAAGGAUUGCUUUUGGAACGGGGAUUUCACCAGCACUGGGGGUUAUGACAAUAUCAUCCAGCACCUCAACGAUGGCAAGAAGACAUGCAAGGAGAUAGAAGACUUCAUGAAAGCCAGAGCAUCCAUAGAGGAGAAGUAUGCCAAAGAGCUACUGGGUCUCUCCAAGAAGGUGUGUGGGUGCAGUGAGAUGAACACACUGAAGAGAUCGCUGGAUGUGUUCAAACUGCAGACUGAACAUGUGAGUUUGUCACACCUACAACUGGCACAAACAAUGAGGGAUGAGGCAAAAAAACUGGAAGACUUCAGGGAGAGACAGAAAGAGACAAGGAAAAAGGUAGAACAACAGAUGGAUGCCCUACACAAACAGAGGGCCACUCAGUUCAAGAAAACCAUGGAGUCAAAGAAGACAUAUGAGCAAAAGUGUCGAGACAAAGAGGAAGCAGAACAGAACAUGAACCGAAAUGCAAGCACCAGUAACGCCAAGCAGCAGGAAAAGCUAUUUGCAAGAACAAAUCAAGCAAAAAUGAAUGCAGAAGUAGCUGACAGGCUAUACAUGCAGAAUGUGACUGCGCUGGGAAACAUCAGGGAGGACUGGCAGAAAGAGCAUGUCAAAGCAUGCGAGGUAUUUGAGAAGCAGGAAGUUGAGAGGAUCAACACUCUAAGGAACAUGGUGUGGACUCAUCUCAACCAGCUCUCCCAGCAGUGUGUCACCAGCGAUGAGCUAUAUGAGGAAGUGAGGAAGUCUCUUGAACAUUGUGACAUACAGGAGGACAUUGAACACUUUGUGAACCUCAGACGGACUGGGGACAAACCACCAGCUCCUAUUCUGUAUGAUAACUUCUACAGCAGUCAGAGGGUCCCCGUAGCACCAUCAGCCACCAAAAUGGCUCCAUCUAUCACCAGGAGACCGUUGCCUAAUCCAACCAACACCGGAGGUGAUUUGAUCAACUCAACUGAAUUAGAUCCAGCCUACAGUGUUAUACAAUACUAGCACACUGUUAUCUAUGGGUAUUGAUAUUGACUGCCUGGUGGAAUGCUGGCAGUGGAUCCCUUCAAUGAUGGAUGUAAAGAGUGGACUUUGUGCUUUGUGCAUUCAACAGUGACACCUGACAACCUAAUUAAGAAAUGACCACCAACGUUGACGUUAGUACAGUAUGUUUGAUUAUGUCAUCAUUGUGGUUUUAUAGCUGUGUUAUAAACAGUAAGAUUAAGUGUCAUAGCUCGUAUACAAUAUAUAUAUCAAUUGGUAAUAUAUUUCGUUUUGUACAGUCUAAACCAGGAA